CGGUGCGAGCGAUAUGGAUGCGCGCGGCGCAGAUGCUGGCGGUGCGAAUGGAUAUGUGCAACAUGCCCAGUGCUGAUGGUGCAAACGAUGCACUCUGAUCCGUCCCGUUCCGCUCUCGGCACGACGCGCCCAGCCAAUCGCGUCGCGGUGGUGCAAUGCACACACACACGCCCCAAAUGUCACCUGUGGCACUUGUGUCCGUUUUUUUCGGGGCCGACCCUUGGCUUGCGUUGCGUCCUCCUCCUCCUCCUCCUCCUCCGUUCGGCUCCUUCCUCCCAUCGCACUCGCCCCACCGACCUCGAGUUGUCCUGCGUCCCGGACACCCCCGCAUCCGAUAUCUCUUCUGAACCUCAUCCUGUUACCCUGUGCAUCCAGCCGCACGUCCCAGCCGCCCUGCACGACGCCGUGUCCUCUUCCAACCCUGCCCUUCCAGAGCAACCCCUUUGACCACGUCACCAUGACCGGCCCAUCCAGCUCGUCGCUGGUCUCGCUCCGGCCCUAUGAUUUGGUCGUCUUCAUGUUCACUGUGUUCCUCAACAUCUUCUUCCGGGAGGUCAAGCUGAGGGGCGUCCAGAACAUCCCCAAGUCCGGCCCCGUCAUCUUUGUCAUCGCUCCUCACCACAACCAGUUCAUCGACCCCCUGAUCAUCGCCACCAACACACCUCGCCGAAUCGGCUUCCUCGCCGCCGCAAAGUCCAUGCAACGAAAGUUUGUUGGAUCCAUGGGCCGUGCUCUUGAGUCUAUCCCGGUGGUCCGCCCCCAGGACCUCGCGUUCCCUGGUGUCGGCACUGUCAAGUUCGCCACCCCCGACAACCACUCUGAGAUUCUCAUUUCCAACGGCACAACCGAGAAACUGCAUGUCCGUGCCGUGAUUUCGGUCAAGCUCCCUGCCCCUCAUUCCAAGCGCAUCGCCAUGGAGGUCGCCGAGAUUGUGUCCGAAACCCUUGUCCGCCUCAAGUCGCCCGUCACCGACCCGGACGCCAUCCAGCUGCUGGCUGCCAAAGAAUACCCCUUCUCGAUCACACCCCAUGUCGAGCAGGCCGAGCUCUUCAACAGCGUCUCGCAACGCCUCUCUGAGGGCCGCUGUGUGGGCAUCUUCCCCGAGGGCGGUAGUCAUGAUCGCUCCUCGCUCUUGCCCAUCAAGGCUGGUGUCGCCAUCAUGGCGCUGAGUGCCAUGGCAAAGUACGAAAACCUGAGUGUCAAGAUUGUACCUGUCAGCUUGAACUACUUCCAUCCUCAUCGAUUCCGCUCCCGCGCUGUUGUCGAAUAUGGCGAGCCCAUCGCCGUAUCCCAAGACUGGGUGGAUCGAUAUAAAGAAGGUGGCCAGCCAAAGCGCGACGCCACCCAAGAACUGCUGAACCUCAUCACCAUGAAUCUCAAAGAAAUGACCAUCACCGCCCCCGACUACGAGACCUUGAUGCUUAUUCAGGCCACCAGACGACUGUACAAGCCCUUGAACCGCAAGCUGAGCACCACUCAGACGGUUUCGCUGACUCGCCGAUUCGUUCAGGGCUACAUUCGCUUCAAAGACGAUCCUCAGGUCGUGGCGCUCCAGGACCGGGUUUCAAACUACAACAAGAAGCUCCUCACCUUCGGCAUCCAUGACCACCAGGUCCAGCGAAGUGAGAUCGGCGGAUAUCCUCUGGUUCUGCUCCUGUGGAGCCGUAUUGUUCGACUGAUCAUCCUGAGCACCAUGGCUCUGCCUGGUGUCAUCAUGAACCUCCCCAUGAUGCUGAUCACUGGAUAUAUAAGCAAUCUCAAGGCCAAACAGGCCCUGGCCGAGUCCAAUGUCAAGAUCACCGGACGAGAUGUCGUGUCGACCUGGAAGCUCCUGAUUGCGAUGGCGCUGAUUCCCCUAUUCUUUGUCCUGUACACCAUCCUGUUCUACCUCUACCUCGGCUUCCUUGGCUUGACGUUCUCGACACGUCUCACGUACACGCUCUGCUUCUGGUUCUCGCUGGCUUCGCUAAGCUAUGCGGCCGUCCUGACCAGCGAAGUAGCCUUGGACAUCAUCAAGAGCCUGCGCCCUUUGAUCGGCGCCAUCACCCAGAAGAAGGACUUUGAGUGGCUGCGAAAGGAGCGAGCCGAGCUUGCCCAGAAGAUCCAAGAGUUCUGCGAAAAGACUGGUCCUUUGAUCGAGAAGGAGAUGCGCGAGAGACGGGAGCGCCUCCGACUCGAGGGUGGCUUCGAAAGCGACAGCGUCUCGGACUUUGGCAAGAGCCCCUUCACCAGUCCCGCUGGCUCUGGCACCGAGACCGAUGGCUCGCUGGCCAACCGCGUCCGCGCCAGCCGUCAGACGCUCCUGCAGCGAGUCGGAUCGUAUCCCAAGUUCCCCACUCCGCAGGCCGAGGAUCAAACUGCCCUGGAUGGAUCGGCUGCCAAGAGCGAGAAGCCCUCUCGGGCCCCGUUGUCCGAAUCGAUUGUGUACACCGCCAGCGAGGACGACGGCUACGCUGGGUACGACGAAGAUGAAGAUGCGCCGACCGUCAAGAGUGACCUGAGGAUGCGCAAGCCCCACUCAACGUCCCAGCGGUAGAGCCUACGCCGCUCGCUUCCUGAUUUUGCACUCGGCUUGUUUGUGUUUGCGCUAUAUGCUUUGGCCUUCUGCUCCGUUUUGUCUCCCGCCUCCUCCCUCUCCUUUCAUUACUACCAGUCUGGAUAGAUAAGCAACUCAUGCUGCACGCGACCGACCGGCACUGGAGCGCCGCUAUUCUGGACUGCCAUCGUGCCCGAGAUCCACCCUGGACCCUGGAUGGAUCCAUUCCACACCCAUGUUUGUGCGCCUCGAGUUGUAUACAGCCUGUC